CUUUCUCCUUUUUUGGUUUAGAAUAGUGAAAAAUUAGCUCUUUCUUCUUCUUCUUCCCUGUUUUCUUUUUUUCUUCAGUGAACUUUUUCCUCUUCAAUGGAUUCUGAAGAAUCCCCAUUUGCACACCACCCUUCCCAAUUUCAACUACCACCCUUACCUCCACUUAGCCAUGGGACAAUGGGGGUGGAACCACCAACCCCACCACCACCACCACCCCAGUUCCAACCCAUCCAACAAGACCAGCUCAACCAGUUCGUUAUGCCUUUAACUGUCGUUCCUCUUCCACCGGAACAUCAGCUUAGCUUUCAAUUCCCCUUCAAUUCAGUUCCUGAUCAAAACCCAAAUCCCAUUUUUGUUGAUGAUGGAUCAUCUGGUGCUGCUGCUGCUGGGGCUGGGGCUGGGGCUGCUGCUGGAGCUGUUUCUGGGGCUGUUGCUGGGGCUAAGAAGAAGAGGGGUCGUCCCAGGAAGAAUAAAACUGAUGGUAACAACGUUUCCGGUGUUUCUGCUACUCAAAUUCCGGUGAAUCAGGCUAAUUCUGGCGUUGGCGGUGUUAACGAGGCUGGUUCUUCUUCUGGAAACCCCUCUUCUAAGAAGGUCCGUGGAAGGCCACCUGGAAAGAAGACAAAGAAAGAAGCUUUAGGUACAGUUGGAUAUGGAUUUACACCGUAUGUGAUGCCUGUGCACACCGGGGAUGACAUUGCAAGUAAGAUAGUGAAUUUCUCACUGCAAGGACCACCGGUAGUUUGUGUUCUAACUGCAACUGGAGUCGUAUCCAAUGUCACCCUCAGGCAGGCUGUACAAGGUGGUGACACUGUGACUUACGAGGGUCGAUUUAACAUCAUCUCGUUAGGGGGGUCUUUCUCUCUAUCAGAAAUUAAUGGCAACCGUACUAGAACAGGUGGUAUUGGCGUGGCACUGUCUGGGCCAGAUGGUAGGGUUUUGGGUGGAAUAAUUUCUGGAAUGCUCAUUGCUGCCACUCCAGGACAGCUGGUUUUGGGCACCUUCACCCCUGAAAAGGAAAAUCGUGUGUUUGAGGCACCAUCCUCAACUCCACCUACCAAUGUGGUAAAUGUUGGUGCUCCUGUUGCUGAGACGAAUGCUCCUUCUCCGGGUGCCUCAAGCAAGUCAGUCGAUGAGAACGUUGGUAGCCCUCUCAUCAAUGAAGCAGGACCGUUUGGUGAUGCUGCUCAAACCAUGCAUAAUGAACCUCAGCCAAUGCACGGUAUGUCAACAUACUGGGACCAAGGAAUGUGAAAAACUUCUUGAUUCGCUGUGACUGAUACAAAUCUGGACUGGCAGAUUUUAGGUGUUAGCUCUAGUUCUUGACUUCAACUUGCUUAUAAUUAUAGACUUAAUCUAUGUUAAGGGGGGGGGCUGUGGUUGAGUAGUUGUUUAUUUUCAAAUCGACAAUCCAACUGGAUUUCCAAACUUUCUGCUAGAUUAGCUGUUUAACUGUUAAUGCAAUUAGUCUUUGCUAUGCUAUAA